GAAACAAAGAUAUUAAGAAAAACUAUAGAUAAUUUGUGAAUUAAAAGAUGACUGACGUUUGAAUUGUUUUAUCUUUUUUUUUCUUUAUAUAUGUUAUUAAUAUACCAAUCAUUUUUUUUAUUGAGUUUGGGAGUAAAUAGAAAUAGAGAGGCGGAAAGAUUAAAGUGACUAUGCUGGAGUACGAUCUCUAAACUGUACUGACUGACGAUUAAUUGACUUGAUUUUACUUGUGUUGAGUCAGUCAAGUUUUAACAUUUAGGUAUAUUCAAGUACCGGUUGAUGGUGUUCUAUGCUUUGAUAACCGUUGGGGUACCAGCACUCGGAUGUUGACUUUUUUUUUCUUAAUAUCUUGUCACAUAAAAAUGUGCGUGAUUUUUUUUAUUUUUAUUAUGUUUGUUUGUUUGUAUGUUACCUAUUGUUGUACUUUGAUUCAUUUUGUAGAUUUUGUGAUUUCUCGUGACAAAAUCCGUGUCCGUUUUUAUUCAAUUCUAAUAGGCAUAAAACCUAUAUUCAAAAUAAAGAGAUUGAAAGAAUAGAGAAAUGUAAACUUUACAAUUUAUUGCCGAAGGAUAAAGAUUUUGAUUUACCAAUCUCUUCGUUGGAGUUACUGUUUUAAUCGCAACAUACUACCGUGAGAUUCACCGAAAAGCCCGCCUUGCUCGCGAUUUGGAUGGAUACUGUGCAUUAUUUUUCGAGUACAUCCACUAAGCCGUCACUUGACCUGCUCGAGAAAUCCUCAUGAAAGACUGGGAACUCACUACUCAAAAUAGCAUCGGCAGUGCGGUGGCUGCAGCCGACACCAUUUCUUCACCGUGGACACCUGCGAGUUCCGGGCCGCCGCCCGAUGCCAAUGGCUCCGGCUCGGAUACGAAAAAUCUCGACGUUGGCGACAUCAGCGAUGACGAGAAAGAUCUCUCGGCUGCAGACGCAGAAGGUGUGUGGUCACCGGAUAUUGAACAAAGUUUUCAGGAAGCUCUUACCAUAUAUCCACCAUGUGGUCGACGAAAAAUCAUUCUUUCUGAUGAAGGAAAGAUGUACGGUCGAAAUGAGUUAAUAGCUCGGUACAUAAAGCUGCGUACUGGCAAAACCAGAACGCGAAAGCAAGUCUCUUCUCAUAUACAAGUACUUGCAAGACGAAAAUUGCGAGAAAUCCAGGCAAAGCUGAAAGUGAAUUUUUGGCAGCCAGGAUUACAGCCAGGUUCGUCACAAGAUGUCAAGCCAUAUGCACAAUCAACGUACUCUGGGAAGCCUGCAACUGCGGUGUCAAGUGGUGAUAUGGUACAAGCACCACCACCACCACCUUGGGAAGGACGUGCAAUUGCUACUCAUAAACUCCGACUUGUUGAAUUUUCUGCUUACAUGGAGCAACAUAGAGAUAAUGAUAUUUACCACAAACAUCUGUUUGUACAUAUAGGAGGAACAGUGACUUACGCUGAUCCACUCUUAGAAGCAGUAGAGGUGAGACAAAUCUAUGACAAAUUUCCAGAAAAAAAAGGUGGCCUCAAAGAAUUACAUGCAAAAGGACCUCAGACAGCAUUUUUCCUUGUUAAAUUUUGGGCUGAUCUUAAUACAAAUAUUCAAGAUGAAGCAGGCGCUUUCUAUGGUGUUACAAGCCAAUAUGAAAGCAAUGAGAAUAUGACAAUAACAUGCUCGACGAAAGUAUGCUCUUUUGGAAAACAAGUGGUAGAAAAAGUGGAGACUGAGUAUGCAAGAUUUGAAAAUGGGAGAUUUGUCUAUCGUAUCAGUCGCUCACCAAUGUGUGAAUACAUGAUUAAUUUUAUACAUAAAUUGAAGCAUCUACCUGAAAAAUAUAUGAUGAACAGCGUACUUGAAAAUUUUACAAUACUUCAGGUGGUUACAAAUAGAGACACCCAAGAAACGUUGCUUUGUACAGCGUAUGUCUUUGAAGUAUCUACGUCGGAACACGGUGCUCAGCACCAUAUAUACAGAUUGAUUCAGGAAUGAACUGUAUUUUUUUUAUCUGCUUGCCAUGCAGCCAUCCACCCCGAUCAGUGCCUACCAUCACAUGAAAAAAUAAGCAAAUAAUUAAUAAUCAUUCAUUUAUUAAUAAAAACUUUUUAAAAAUUGAAAAUCACGCUUACUGUAAGUAUCAUCGCACAUUUCCAUACUUCGAAAUGCAAACAAAAAAACGUUAGAAAAGUUACAAAGUAUUUACGAAAUAAUAAUAAUAAUAAUAAUAAUAAUAAUAAUAAUAAUAAUAAUAAUAUCAAUAAUACUAAUAAUAAUAUUAUAAUAAUUAUAAUAAUAUAGUUAUAGUGAUAUUAAUAAUAAUAAACGAAAAAAUCGAAGUUUGCUUACUCAAAUAUUAUCGAUGCCUUUCUUGAUGUUAUAUAGUAAAUCAAUACUUGACCUUUUUUUUGUAAGCUGUGAUCUAGGAUGAUUUACUUUUAGUCGUCAGUUGGCAUAAAAUAUUAUUUUAAACUUUUUUUUUUUACUUAAACUAUACAAUCAAUUACGGUCAGCCUGAGUUUCAUUUUUUUUUCUCUCAAUAACUGACUCGCAGCUAUUCGUUAAUGGUGAAAAAAAAUAUUUCUUCUUCAAUUUUUAUGUAGAUACUUAAUUGAAAAAUCGUAAAAAAAAUUUUUUAUUGUUAUUUUUGAGGACUGGAUUUCCAUCGAAAUUAGAAAAAAAUAAAUAUUCAUCGCAAUGACAAUAAAAAUUUAAAUGGGAAAUAAGAGUAAAUGAGUCAGUAAAAUAUUGUGAUCUUGAGUUGGAUCGCCAGUACCAACACAUUUUAGUAUUAUAAUUUUACUCUACAUGGAACAGAAAAAAAAAAUUAGGCAAUAGUAGAAUAAAAACUUAUUCUACAAUAUAAAAGUAAUUGAGAAAGAUAAUCAAUUGACAAGGUGGAUAAAUAAAUAUAAUACACAAAGACAUUCACAUGCAUAAAAAAUUUACAUAUAUUACAAUUUAGAGUAUAUAUCUUGAAGAUUAUUGACUCAAUGAUUACAAUUUACAUUGUUAUAAAUGAUCGUGUAUAAAGUUAAUUAGAUUCGAAAUUUUAACUAAGAUAAAAGCUAAAAGAAUGAAGUAGAAAUGAUAAGAAAUUAAAUGAAAAUAAAAUAAAUAUAAGGAUGCUAUCGCGAAUUCACAACUCCCCAGUUUAUAUUUUUUUAUAUUAGGGAAAAAUAACAAAAAUAAUUUAAAAAAAAAUAACAAAAAUCAAAAACUAACCUCCAAUGCAUACUCAAUUAAAACUUGGGGAAUAUGUAAACUUGAAUCUUUUUAUAUUUUUUUUAAAAAACAUUUCAGUCAGUUUGAAUAGCAACUUGAGAAUAUAUUAAGUCUUCGAGUGCUUUGAUCAUGCAAAAAAAAUAUAUAUAAGCUCCAUCAUUCUAUUAAUGUUUCGUUUCUUUUUUUUUAUGAUACUGUUUUUAGCUUAUAAAAAAAAAAACUGUUGACUGCAUAUUAUGUUUUGUGUGAGUUUCACCACUCAGUUAAAAACAGUAAUAUUUAUCUCUGAGAAAUGUUUUCGUAUUUCUUUGAAUGAUUUUCAUUCUCUACUGUAAAAUUAUUGGUCUUUACGGAUUUUAAGUUUAUCUAUAAUUCACGAGAUGAAUUAAUUUUUUUUAUUUUGCUUACCGUCUUUGAUUGCAAAAUUUUUUUCAAUGUCGCUAAGAACAU